AUGAUCUGGUCUGUAUCCGUGACGGCCUUGGGAAUAUUGCCCUUUGACGGCAUCCUGGGCCUGGCUUACCCCUCCCUCGCCAUCAGAGGCACCACCCCGGUCUUCGACGGCAUGUGGAACAAUCGCCUCGUAUCUCAGAACCAAUUUGCUUUCUACCUGAGCAGCAAAAAGGAGAAUGGCAGCGUGGUGAUGUUCGGUGGCGUGGACCCCACUUAUUACCAGGGCAGGCUCCAGUGGGUGCCGGUGAGCACGCAGGGCCACUGGAACAUCAAUAUGAACAGCAUCACCAUAAACCGCAAGGUCGUGGCCUGUCCCAGCGGCUGCCAGGCCAUUAUGGAUACCGGGACCUCUAUGCUGGUUGGCCCAACCAACGACUUCGUCAGCAUUAUGAAAAGCAUCAAUGCUCAGAAGAAGAGAUCGAGCUGGUACGUCAAUUGCGCUGCCAUCCCGAGCCUGCCUGACAUUAUCUUCACCAUCAAUGGCCUCCGGUACUCAGUGCCACCCAGCGCCUACAUCAGGAGGGAACGGAGAGGCGUCUGCUACCCCAACUUUUUGGGCUCAGUCAGAAACAACUAUUGGACCCUGGGGGACGUCUUCAUGCGGCUCUAUGUCACCGUCUUCGAUCGGGCCAACAACAGGAUAGGCUUGGCUCCUGCGAGGGCAUAG